AUGGUGGUGUCCGACUCCCUCAAAGGACAGAAGACUGAAGAGAGACCUGUAAUAACUCAGCUGUCCCACAAUCAACAGCUGAAAUCUACAAAAAGUGCGCAUACUCAAACUGAAAACUUCUUCACGACUGAGCUCACACUUUAUCUCAACUUUUGCAAGGAAAGCCGAAGAAAAUCAGAGGAACUGAAACCACUGGACUUAAGUCUUCCUAAUAGAGCCAGGAUAGACACUGAGAUGACUGAGGCGCAACAUGGAGGAACUAGUGAAGAAGACGUCAUCGAAGUAAGUACAGGAGGAUCUGGUCACCUGUCCUUAUCUGCAAAGAACAAAGAGAGGACCCCCAGCUCUGAAGACCCCCAGUCUGAGAGCGACAAUAAGUCUGCAGAUACAACUGUGUCCAGUGAAGAUGCAGAGGGGCCCAGUCGCACCGCCAAACGGGAGCUGAUGCAGGUUCGAGCUGUUCAGAUGAGACUCAAUGAAUCAUUCUUCUUUAAGACAAAAGGAGAUCGACCUUCGCCCAGACCAGAGUCUCCACUGAUGAAACUGGCUCAGGGCCGAGAGCCCACGAGCCGCAAGAGCCACCGAUGA